AUGAAACGAUUAUUACUACUUUCACAUUUGGUUCAAGCAAAAUUUCAAGUUCGUCCACAAUGUCGAUUUUUGCAUAUAAAAGCAGAACCAAACGAAACUAUUAUACCUCUUUCAUCAUUUGAUUUCACUAAACCUACGGUCGGUCGUACAUCAGCCGAACAACAAGCAUUAGCACUAUUAGCUCCAGAUAUGCCAGAAAAUCCCGAGCUAAUUAGAGUGGCUAUUAUCGGUGCUCCAAAUGCUGGAAAAUCUACGUUUGUGAAUCGCAUUAUGGGAUGGAGGAUUUCAUCAGUAUCGAAAAAACCUCACACAACUCGACAUCGUAUAACUGGUGCUUUAACAGAUGCAAAUAAACAAAUUACACGCCCGGAAUCGUCUCUCCAUGGAGAAAAAAACGUUGCCGUUGUUCAUGAUGUCGGUAAUUCGUAUAUACGGUUUAAAUUAGACGAAGAACUGUUAAAAUGUCUUUAUGCGCAUCCAGAGAAGGAGGCUAUAUUGAUAUUGAACAAAACGGAUACUAUUAAGCGAAAACGGAUGCUAUUAGAUGUAACCACGGUGUUAACUGAUGGUUCAUUAAAUGGAAUUCCUUAUCGUCUGGAUUCACCUUAUCAUCGUAAUGGUAAACUAGAUAUGGAACGUUUAUUUUUAAAAACAGCUCAUGAAAUGAAUAUUCCAUUACCCAAGAGUGAAAAAGAUUUGAUGAAAGAACAAUUACUAUUAGAAAUGAAACAGUAUGAAGAAAAACUACUUCAAACAACACUGGACGAUGUCAAUUUAGAUUUAACAGAUGCCGAUGUUAAACAAUUAGUUCAACAACAUCAAGAAAAUUCAUUAACUUUAGAAAAAUUACAAGAUAACUUUGAAAAUGUCCCAUAUAAAAGUAUCAAUGAUAUUUCACCAUUUGAAUUUAAAAAUGAUUUAAUGAGUACUGAUAACUGGCAUUUGUAUUAUCAAAAAUUAUCACAAAUUCGAAAAUUUACUUCUCAACGUUCAACGUGGCCAUAUUUUAAUCAAGUAUUUAUGAUAUCAGCGAAACAAAAUCAUGGAAUAGCUGCUGUUAGAAAAUAUUUAUUUACACGUACAAAACCUGCACAAUGGAUGUUUCAUAGAAAUUUUGUUACCGAUCAAUUACCACAAGAAAUAGCUGAAACAUGUAUAAGGGAAAAAAUGCUAAACUAUUUACCAGAAGAAAUACCAUAUAGCUAUAUUAUGAGGAAUGAAUUGUGGGAAAUGAAUGAAAAUGAUGUAUUGAAUAUUGUUUUUAUUGUAUAUCCACGUGAAAAACGUUUAAAACGUGAUGUUUCUGCACUAUUGAAAAAUCAUGGUGAAGCAGUUAAAAUGAUUAGUAUCGAAGCAGAAAAUGAUUUAUCAAUGACAUUUCGUUGUGAUGUCAAACUAAAAUUAAUUGUUGUUCGAGAAGGCUUUUCGGUAGCAAAACGAAUUGAGACGAAGGCAUGUGCUGCUGAUCUUGUCACUGAAUUUGAUCAACGUGUUGAAGAAAUCUUAAUUACAAAACUAAAAGAAAAAUUUCCAUCGCACAAAUUCAUUGGUGAAGAAUCCGCUGCAGGUGGAGCAAAACAACCGUUGACAGAUGAUCCUACCUGGAUCAUUGAUCCAAUAGAUGGAACAACCAAUUUUGUUCAUGGCUUUCCAUUCAUUGCCAUAUCUGUGGGACUUGUUAUUAAAAAGCAGGCAGAAAUUGGUGUGAUUUAUAAUCCAAUAUCAGAAAAUCUUUAUUCAGCUGUGAAAGGAAAAGGGGCAUUUAAAAAUGGACGACCAAUUCAAAGUUCACAACAAACGGAACUAGGGUUGUCUCAAGUAUCUGGCGAAUAUGGUAGUUCGCGUGAUCCACAAAUUCUUCAAACUAAAAGUGAAAAUUUGCGAAAGAUAGUCGAACGAGCGCACAGUGUACGUGCAAUUGGUAGUGCUGCACUUAAUCUAUGUCAUGUGGCUGAAGGAUCUUGUGAUGCUUAUUUUGAAUACGGUAUUCAUUGUUGGGAUAUUGCUGCUGGAGAUUUAAUUGCACGAGAAGCUGGAUGUUUCACUUCGGAUCCAACAGGAGAUCCAUUGGAUAUAAUGAAACGACAAAUUUUAUGCACCGCUACAAAACAGUUGGCUAUGCAACUUAUACCUUUGCUUACUCAUGUUGAUUUUCCCAGUGAUUAA